AAAGCCAUCGCUUUCACUUUCAGGGCUCGAAAGAACAUUAUAAAAAGGGCCCCCCCCUAAGAUUCAACAAAUGGAGAACUCAGAGAGAAAGAGAGGGAGGAGAAAGGGAGAUGGAAAACAGAGAUCGGUGCCAUCCUUUGUUGAAGGGAGGGAGCAGAGGAGACCGAAAAUUCAGUCAUGGCUUCUCUUCUGCCGAGAUUCGAACCCUCACCAGCGUCUGUGAGACUCUGUUCCCGCCGCUCUCAAUCGAUGAUGCUUCUCCGGAGUCUGUACGGUCAUUCUACAGAGCCUCUGCAUCGGAGAAUCCCAUACCUGAUGAGGUUGCGGAGCUGUUGCUGAAGAGGGGACUGGUGGAAGCUGUGAUACUAGUGAGGGUGGUGCUUCUGCUCUUGUCCACGAGGCUGGGCACUCUGCUGCUGUGUGGGUCCCUUUGCCUUGGCCACGAGGACUUCACCAUUAACAGCUUCCCGGACAUUGGAUUGGAGAGGAGGGAGAAGAUAGUGCAGAAGUGGCUUAAACACUGGCUCUUCACUCCCAUCCGCUUGGCCUUCAUCUACCUCAAGGUCUUAUGCCUCUACAUUUACUUCUCCCGGGUGGAUGAGAAUGGAUACAACCCUAUGUGGGAAGCAAUAGGGUAUCGACCGGACACCGGCGAGGCAGAACUGUCCGGCUUGCCAACCGAGAGACCCCUUGAAAGGGGAAUCACUGAGACCACAUCCUUGCUAAAUGAAUUGAGUCUCCUUCAAUCUCUCCGCCGGAAAGGCCUUAAAGUCUCUCUCGAUUUGAAGAGGAAUGUCUUGCGCGUGCAGUGCGAUGCAGUCAUCGUUGGCUCAGGCUGUGGUGGCGGAGUCGCAGCCGCAGUCUUGGCGAGCGCUGGUCAUCAGGUGGUGGUCUUGGAGAAAGGGAAUUACUUCACCGCUAGAGAUUACUCUUCCCUGGAAGGGCCUUCCCUGGACCAGCUGUACGAUUCGGGUGGAGUGUUAGCAACGACCAACGGGAAUUUGGUGAUCUUGGCAGGGUCGACGGUCGGGGGUGGCUCAGCCGUUAAUUGGUCUGCAGCAAUAAGAACACCAGAGUCGGUGCUUCGAGAAUGGGCAGAAGAGUGCAAGCUUCCAAUGUUUGGGAGCUCAGAAUACGACCUCGCUGCAGAUGCUGUGUGGCGGAGACUUGGAAUCACAGAGGACUGCAUUCAGGAGGGUUUCCAGAAUCAAGUCCUCCGGGAGGGGUGCAGGAAACUCGGCCUCGAUAUUGACAAGGUUCCCCGGAACUCUUCAGAGGGUCACUACUGCGGAUCCUGUGGUUAUGGAUGCAGGAGAGGGGACAAGAAGGGCACCGACACGACGUGGUUGGUCGAUGCAGUCAAUCACGGCACAAUCAUAUUAACAGGAUGUAAAGCAGAGAGGUUCAUCAUGGAAAAGGUGAUCAAUCCUAAAGGGACAAGAACAAAGAGAUGCUUAGGAGUGAUGGCAAAAGUUUUGAACAGCAACAUCGCGUGUAGGCUGGAAAUCGAGGCCAAAGUAUCAAUCUCCGCCGGCGGAGCUCUACUCACGCCCCCAUUGUUGAUCUCAAGUGGACUAAGGAAUAGGCACAUCGGUCGGAACCUCCACCUGCACCCUGUCACGAUGGCCUGGGGUUACUUCCCUGAGUCUAAGCCGACCGGCGCGAGCCCUGAUUUCAAAGGUAAGUCUUAUGAGGGGGGAAUAAUCACAUCCGUCCAUAAGGUGAGAUCGGACUCCGGCAAAGUCAGGGCCAUCAUAGAAACUCCACUAUUGGGGCCUGCCUCAUUUGUUGCCCUGUCACCGUGGCGGUCAGGAGCUGACAUGAAAGGACGGAUGGCUAAGUACUCAAGAACCGCCAACCUGAUCAUUAUCGUCCGGGACCGCGGAUCGGGGGAGGUCAGAACUGAGGGUCGGGUGAGCUACUCCUUCAACCCAUCAGACAGGGCGAACUUCCGGGAAGGGCUGAGGCAGGCAGUGGAGAUCCUGAUUGCAGCCGGGGCAGCGGAGGUUGGGACACACAGAAGUGACGGCCAAAGUUUCAGGUGCCAGGGGGCCAGCCAGGAGGACAUCAAUGCAUUUGUGGACCUAGUGACGGCGGAGGACGGGGCAAUGUCGAUGAGGGAGAAGUGGAUGAUCUACUCCUCGGCACACCAGAUGGGGAGUUGCAGGAUGGGAGUGACCGAGAGGGACGGGGCGGUAGAUGAAUGCGGGGAAAGUUGGGAGGCUGAGGGGCUAUUCGUUUGUGAUGGCAGCGUGCUGCCAUCCGCUGUUGGCGUCAAUCCUAUGAUUACAAUUCAAUCCACUGCCUACUGCAUCUCGAAGAGGAUGGCUGAGUCCUUGUCAGGAAAGAAAACUAGUUCCUCAAAAGCUGAUGGGUCGAACAAAAAUCAUAACGAAUAAUUUGGAAAAUCAUCACAAGUCCAUUGUACAUUUGGGAGUCGAUUCUUUGUGUAGAUUUGUCUGUCAGUGCAUAUUGAUAUCAUAAGUAAGGUACAUUUGGUCAUUCUAGUAUCGGUUGACCAUUUGAUUUUCACCUGAAA